AUGAUUCAGAAUAUUAAGAAGACAGCUCUACUCUCUGAGUAUAUCAAUCUACUUACUACUGAGAUGAAACCUGAGACAGUAGAUCAGAAAAUGCAAGAUUUUGAGGUAUAUAUUGAUCUGACUGAGAGAGAGCAGCAGAAACUCUUUUCUGAGAAGACAGUAAAGAGAGAUUUUGAGAUGAUUAUUAUCUCAGAUAAGAAGAAGAAGAAGAAGAAGAAGAAGAAGAAGAAAAUUAUAAAGAAUAAUAAGAAGAAUGAGAAAGAGCAGAAAAAUAAUAAGUAG